AGAAAUACCGGUUAUUAUCUCACUAUGAAAAUAAGCAAAAGUAUUUACUCUAUAUGGUCUACUCAAAAGAAUUAUAACUUUGUACAAAUAUAUGCAUCUGCGUUUGAAAGAAAACAUGUGUAUCAUAGCUGGAAAUAUUAUUCUACAAAUUUAGAAGAUUUUAAGGAAUAUGAGACACCUAUAGAAAAUAUACGCAACUUCAGUAUAAUAGCACAUGUUGAUCAUGGCAAGAGUACUCUUGCUGACAGACUUUUAGAACUGACAGGAGCAGUAAAACUAAAUUCUGGGAAACAAAUAUUAGACAGCUUGCAAGUUGAAAAGGAUCGUGGGAUUACAGUUAAAGCACAAACAGCUUCUCUUGAUUAUACAUACAAAGGAACUAAAUACCUUCUUAAUUUAAUAGACACACCUGGUCAUGUAGAUUUCUCAGCUGAAGUUUAUCGUUCUUUAGUUCCUUGUCAAGGUGUCAUCCUAGUGGUUGAUGCAAACGAUGGGGUACAAGCGCAAACAGUAGCUAAUUAUUAUUUAGCUAUUAAACAGAAGUUGACUAUAAUACCAGUAAUUAAUAAAAUAGAUCUAAAACAUGCCAAUCCUAAUAGAGUGAUCAAACAACUAGAAACAUUAUUUGACAUAAAAGAAGAAGAUGUAUUAAAAAUAUCUGCAAAGUUAGGUACUGGUGUGCAUAAUGUUCUGGAUGCUGUUGUUGAAAGACUUCCACCACCUAAUGUAUUUAGAAAUAAACCAUUUAGAGCUUUAACAUUUGACAGCUGGUAUAAUAAAUAUAAAGGAGCUAUUUCCUUGGUAUAUAUCACAGAAGGAUCAUUAUCAGUAGGACAACAAAUCACUUCGACACACACCAAAAAGUCUUAUGAUAUUAAAACUCUUUCACUACUAAGGCCUGAUGAAGAAUCUGUAAACAGAUUAUUUGCAGGUCAAAUAGGAUGUAUUGCAUGUAAUAUGAGAUCUUCCCAAGAAGCAUUUAUAGGUGAUACAUUGCAUUUAAAAAAUCAGCCUGUAGAGCUUCUUCUCAAAUUUAAAACACCAAAGCCAAUGGUUUUUUCAGGAGUAUAUCCUGUUGAUCAGUCACAAUUUGAGUCAAUGAAAACUGCUAUUGAAAAAUUGACAUUAAAUGACAGUGCUGUAUCUGUCGCAAAAGAUUCCAGUGUAGCUCUUGGACAAGGCUGGAGAAUUGGAUUCUUAGGUCUAUUGCAUAUGGAAGUUUUUAUGCAACGUCUGGAGCAAGAAUUCGGUGCUCAACCAAUCACUACAAUACCUAAUGUAACAUAUAAAGCAGAAAUAUUUGGUGCCAAAAAUAUUAAAAAGUAUGGUAGCAAUUUAAUUACAUUUAACAAUCCAACACAUUUUCCUCAUGUACAAAUUGUGACAAAAUACUAUGAACCUUUAGUAUUGGGAACCAUUAUAACACCAGAAGAAUACAUAGGCGAAAUAAUAUCUUUAUGCCGUGAGAAACGAGGAAUAGAACAAUCAACGACAUCCAUUGGAACUGGCAGAAUAAUGAUGCGAUUUAUAUUACCAUUAAAUGAAAUUAUCGUUGACUUCCAUGAUUCGUUAAAAUGUCUAACCUCAGGAUAUGCUAGUUUUGAUUACGAGGAACAUGAUUAUGAACCUUCAAAUAUAGUCAAAUUAGAUAUUGCUUUAAAUGGUACCAAAGUGGAAGAGAUAAGUACUAUUGUACAUAAUACUAAAGCUAAUGCAACAGGCAAACAAUUAUGUGAAAAAUUAAAAGAAAUUAUUCCACGUCAAUUGUACGAGAUAGUGAUUCAAGCUAUGGUUGGAGAAAAAGUUCUUGCAAGGGAAGUAAUAAAACCAUUUAGAAAAGAUGUGACUGCAAAAUUGUAUGGUGGUGAUGUCUCAAGAAGAAAGAAAUUAUUGGCAAAACAGGCAGAGGGGAAAAAGAGAAUGAAAAUGAUCGGAAAAAUUUCUAUACCACGAGAUACAUUCAUAAAAGUACUUAAAAGAUAGUAUAAAAUUAUAAAA